AUGCUAGAGGGCGAGCGGAUUGGUACUGUGAUGUGGGUUGGUUUGGCUAAACCAGCGGGGCACGCGGAUCAGAAGUCUGUGCUGAAGCUGGACCUGCACGACGGCUGGCAGAAGCAGAAGGCCAUGGAGGCCAUCACCAGUCUGCAUGGUAUCGAUAAGAUUGAUGCUAACAUGGAGAAGCAGGAGAUGACGGUUGUCGGCACGGUCGAUCCCGUCCACGUCGUGGAGAGACUGCGCAAGAAGCGCUUCACCACGCACGUCGUCUCCGUCGGCCCAGCCAAGGAGGAGAGCAAGGACGGCGGCGCUGAGAAGGGUGGAGACAAUAGCGACGCGAACAAGGACCUGAUGUACACGCCGUGGUACGCGACGCCGCACCACCCGCAGGCGUACUGCGUCAUCUGUGGAUCGACGAGUCGAUGCCCCUGUCCAUACUGUAGAUAG